AUGCUUCCAUUUCCAGUCGACCAUAGCUUUGAAACGUCCCGGGCCAGUCAACAGCUUUAUGACCAGCGGGGCAGUUGGCUUCAUUCUGGCGAUAGUCGUACUCCCCUCUUCGACAUCAAUUCUCCGCCGCAACAGCAUAUACGAUUUUGGGCUAUUAUCAUGUCUGUGAUGCUGGCCGUUUUCGGGCAGUCGUCGAGACAUGCUGAUAGAAUAAAGUCCAAUCAGCUCGCCCGCUUAAUGACGUCGGCAUCAAAAACACAAUCCAUCAAAAUAUACUCUCUCGAUGUCAUCACUCCAGACAUACCAAUCGUUAGGACUGAAUGGUACAGCAUCAUACAGAGUGCAUAUCAAGACAUAGAAGAUUUUGUCUUCGUGCUUGGCAAAUUAUCAUAUGACUUUUUUUCCUGCUCUGACUAUGUCUGUCACAUAGCACAGGUUCAUCAGGAUCAUAGGGCGGUGAGCCCAGGACUUCUCGGCACAAAUCUGCAGGCAUUGCGCCAAGACAAUCCUUCUUCAGUUUCCGGUGGGGCCGAAUAA